AUGCUGCAAUUUUGGAGGCAUAUGGUGACAGAUACCAGGAACAUAAUGAGGCAUGAAAAUACCAAGCAAACACAAGACCAUGCUGAAGAAGAUGAUAACAAGGGGAAUUCAGAGGUGAGGAGACAUAUGGGUGUGCUAUCAUUAAGACUCUUUUUAAUGGAACUGUGCAAGUGGUGGAAUGCAAUGCAACCUGUUUGGCAUCAAAACAAAAUCAGCAUUCUACCAUUGCCAGUGUAUGAUCAUUCACUGAAUAAGGACCUACAGAAAGGGGAUCAAAAUAGCAUAGUCACCAUCCUCAUAGGGCUCAUGUGGUGGGGACAGAGUACCCUCAAGGCCAAAAAUAGGAAAAACAGGCAGAAUAGAUGGAAAUAUGUGAUGCAACCCUAUUCUAUUCAAUCUAGACUAUCAAUAUUUAUAGACAUGGGAAUUUCUAGAAAAGGUUGGGGGCGGACCCUAUUGCAAGUGAUGCGGGAUGGACGUGAUGAUGAGCAAGGUAUUUGCUAA